CUGCUGCAUUGCAACUUAAGACAAUAACAAAACUGGGAAGGUACACAGCUUGCUGAAAUAAGCAACCUGGGUGAUAAAAAGAGAAAACCUACAGAGGAUUUUACAUUUUAUUUGCUGACCUGGAUUUGGCAUUUAUGGGUGAAUGAAGAAAAAAGAAAUCACCUGCAUGAAAGAAGACUGUCUCCCUAAAUAUGAUUCAUUCCCCAAGAGAGGAUUCUGCUCACUUCUAAGGUAUUUGGAAAUGCGUUGUAGAAGUAACAGCACAGAGCAUCGUUCCCCAUUAAAACACUAAAAAAAUGCUAAGUGACACCCAAGUGGAAGAUAUCCGCUGCACUGAGAGAGUAAAAAUGAAGAGGAAACAAAUCGAAAAAGACUGCACAGCAGAACCAAACACUAUUCUAAGAAGUCCCAAAUUAUAUAAGAAGCAGAAAAGCUAUUCCAAAAAGAGAGAUGACCUUUCUCGAGAUGACCUUUUAUUUCUCUUGAGUGUGCUAGAGGGUGAAUUACAGGCACAAGAUGAAGUCAUAGGAGUUCUGAAGGCAGAAAAAAUUAAUCUCGCUUUACUUGAAGCACAAUAUGGCUUUGUUACUCCAAAAAAGGUCCUUGAAGCACUUCAACGGGAUGCUAUACAAGCCAAGACUACACUAUGGCAGGAGGAUAUCUACGAAAAACCCAUGGGAGAGCUUGAUAAAGUAGUUGAAAAGCACAAAGAAACACACCGACGGAUGCUGGAGCAACUUUUGAUGGUAGAAAAAUCUCAUAGGCAUACUCUAUGUGAGCUAGAAGAUGAGAAGAGGAAGCACGCAGAAUACAUGGAGAAAAGCGAUGAAUUUACUAAUUUACUGGAACAGGAACAAGAAAGGUAG